AUACACGUCAGUGAUCGUGUGACUAUCACGUGACACUGACUGAUGAAACAGCUUGUGAUAUUUUAUGUUCCUGCUACAUUAUAGACUAAACACAGCCAUAUGUACUAGAGAGUGACAGAAACUAGAGGGAUACACUUAUACGUUCAUCAUGAGUUACCCUCCGGAAAAUCCCCCUCCAUAUGCUCCACCAGGGCCUUUGAUGCAGCAGCCCGUAGGCGCACCCCCACCCGUAGGCGGCUACCCGCAAGGCGGUGGCUAUCCACCGGAAAGCGGCGGAUAUCCACCCGGGGGAGGCUAUCCACAAGGCGCCGGCUAUCCACCUGGAGGCGGCUAUCCACCUGGAGGAGGCUAUCCGCAAGGAGCUGGUUAUCCACCCGGAGGAGGCUAUCCACCCGGAGGCGGCUAUCCGCAAGGCGUUCCCUACCAGCAAGGUUACUACCCACAACCUGGUCCACAAAAAACUGUAUAUGUACAAGAAACACGAAAAGAUAACAGCAGAGCAGGAGAGUGUUGUCUCAUAGGAUUGUGUUCCGCAUUGCUGUGCUGCUGUUUGUGUGAUUAACCCGUUAUCAGUUAAACAUUCUUACAUUCAUUCAUCAGGCAUGGCGGAAGCAAGUAGAUAUUGGAGGGGUGGAGUGGGGUGGGGUGGGGGCUGACUGAGAUCGAGGGCGCAAAGCAAAGUUUCUGGAGGAGUUCGGGGGUAUGUUCCCCUAUAACAUUUUGAAAACUAGAUGCCCUAUAAUGCAAUUUUCUACAUUCUACGAAUAAAAUUCAUCUCUGCCUUAAUUUUUACUACCAAUAUUUUUUGUUCAGAAUUAAUGGGGGUGGGGGGGGGGCAGGGGGAGGACUAGAGCUCAGCCCCAGCCCACCCUGCUCCGCUGUGCCUGUUCAUUCACUAUAUCAGUGAAUCCCGAGUCAGACCCCCAAUUCUAUCGGAGGCCGGACUCGGGAUAGACGUGUUCGAAACCCUAGUGGUAUAUGGACACGUUAAACCAGUUAUUAAGCUAAGCUCAGCUACUAAAUUGUCAGAAGGUGUCGACCUCCGUCGCAAAGAAAACCUGUUGAUAAUAUUUCACCCACGAGAGUUGAACCAAGGAUCCUCGGUGUAUGCGUGUAACGCUCAGACAAAGACAGACAAAAUUGGAUCCAAGAGGAACAAUUUGAUUACGUCAUUUGUUUGUUUUCCAAGAUACUUUUGGAAAGUUGAAUGUCGUAAAAAGUUUGGAAAGCAGAACAUAUUUGGCACCAAAGCAGUUUAUUAUAUUGUGUAUUGAUGAUGACAUUUUCAUUUUGAUGCAUGCCAUACUUUUAACAUGGCGCGCGAUGCAACAGGCAAUAUCACAAAAAAAUGCUAUACCAGCACAUCUACUCAACAUCUAUUGUACGUGCUACCAUUUUCUUUUCAUACAGCCCACUUUUGUUUUCUAGGAAUCCUAUAUGUAUGUAUAUAUAAACAUAUUUAUUCCUUCGGGUGUUAUUUUUGCCUCUAGUGUCUCGAAAUGUCCUUUUUAUAUUCUCCAACUGCAACUCUAUGGACUCUUCAAUGUUGGACUGUCUCUCCUUCGAUUAGCCUAUAUGGGGAAACUUGUCGGGAAUACUAAUUCAUUAAGAUGACGACUUAGAUGACAUUAGUGGCGCGUAUUCAAGUGAAGAGUGCUGGGGUCCUUAAAAUUUGAAGUGCCCGGAAAAAUGAAAUGUUUACCGCUCAGGUGAAUACAAUGCAUGUAUUGUUUUUUUUUAGUGGGGAACGUAAUAUCUCGCUCCGCUUGAUAAUUACCAUGUAGAUAACAUAUAUGCUGGCGACUUUUGCACUUGCUUGGCCAUGAUUUUAUACUGAGGAGUACCCAAACGCGGGGAGAGCACUCACACUAUCUUUGAGUCGUGUUAUGGAAUGAUAGAUGAAUAAACAAUCUUGAACACAA